AUGUCGCCUGAUCUUGAACCUUAUGCUAAAAAGAAGUUCUUGCGAGAUGUGAGGUCAUAUGUGUGGGAUGACCCAUUCUUGUUCAAAUCUUACAUUGAUCAAUUAAAGAGAAGGUGUGUGCCAGAAUGUGAAAUAAAUGCUAUCUUACAUGAAUGCCAUGCAUCGCCUUAUGGUGGUCAUCGUGUGGGUGACAAAACAACAGCUAAGAGAACAAGAACAAUUACGAAAAGGCAUGGGAUGCCAUUGCACGGUAUUGUGGAGGUUGAAUUUUUUGAUGUUUCGGGAAUUGAUUUUAUGGGUCCGUUCCCCUCGUCCAGUGGGUGUAAGUACAUUUUGGUGGCCGUUGACUAUGUGUCAAAGUGGGUGGAGGCCAUAUCUCUUCCUACCAAUGAUGCCAAGGUUGUGUUCAAGUUUGUGAAAAAGCAUAUCUUUACAAGAUUCGGCACUACGAGAGUGAUGAUAAGUGAUGGGAGCACCCAUUUCUGUAACAAGCUCUUGGACAAUGUCUUAGCGCAAUAUGGGGUCAAACGUAAAGUUGCAACCACUUACCAUCCUCAGACUAGUGGGCAAGUUGAAACUGCCUACAAAACUCCAAUCGGAACCUCCCCUUACAAGCUGUUUUAUGGGAAAGAAUGUCAUUUACCGGUGGAACUUGAUCACAAAGCCUAUUGCGCUAUAAAGAAGAUGAAUUUUGAUACAGACAUAGCGGGUGAAAAGCGGUUGAUGCAAUUGAGUGAGCUUUAUGAGUUUCUCUUGCAUGCGUAUGAGAAUGCCAAGAUUAUAAGCAAAGGAGGCAAAGCCAUUGGAAGAGUGCAAAAGCGAGUUAUAUGGUGA